CUGUGGAGGUAUUUUUGGUGAAAAUUUCUCCCCAGAUUCACAAUCUCUCCUCAACCGCUGUUUCGCUGAAGUCCUGCCGCUGCCACCUGCGUACAAGCUUUCCGGCCACUCCUUCCCUUUAGACGACCAAUAGUGUUCGACCAGAGACCUGUUUUUCUUGGUUUUUCCCUGCUGUUUCUAGGGAUUCGGCGAGAGGAACAAGAGCUCCGUCCGCCACUCGUUUCCUGUCUUUCGCUUACUCAAUUCCAGGUAAUUUUCUUUCCCAAAUCAGGUUAUAAUGUUUAAUUGUCUUUCGCGUAUAUUUAUCACAAUAUAAACUCGUAUUUUAGAGAUAAAAAUAUAAAGCUCUUAUUUUUGUACUUUCUAUAGAUUUAACUUAUAUUUAGGGUGAUUUCUUUUUCUUUCUACUCGACUCCUAUUUUUUAAAAAAAAGAAAAAAGACUAAAAUAUGAGUAAAACAUCAAAAAUAUACCAAAAAUAGGAGUUUCAUGUUUUUAUUUCUAAAAUAAUAUUUAAAAUGCAUUUACAUUACCAAUCAUGACCAUUUACAUUACCAAAAAACAUAAUAAAAUACACAUGUAUAGUGUCACAUUAACACAAUGUGAAAUCCUAUCUAGGGAAAAAAUAUGAAACUCAUAUUUUGAUACUUUCUCUAUGUUUUACUCCUGGUGAAUUCUAUUAAAAAAUAACUUUAUUUCAUUUUACCUCACCAAACUAACUUUUAUUCAUUAUUACCUUUGUUUUUGUCUUUUAUUUAAUUCACUUUCAAGCGCUCGAUCAGUUCCCAUCUUCUUCCUUUGGCGUCCAUACUUGAACAAUCAACAUGAGUGGCACUCCAAAAUCUGCCAGGAAAAAACUAUCUUUAUCACUACUUGCAGCACUCAUCUGCACAUUGGCUUUCGUUGCUCUAUUCGAUACCGGGAGUAGAAUUACUCUUCUUUCUGUCGGUGACCCUCUCAAGCUCGGGCUGAACCGUAUCGCUUCCAAGCCGAAGAAGAAGAAGACAAUAGCAGAAGAAUGCACUCUUACUGCUGGGAAAUGGGUGUUCAACAGUUCGAUUAAGCCUUUAUACACGGAGAACACAUGUCCAUACAUUGACAGACAAUUUUCCUGCGUUAAGAAUGGCCGGAACGAAUCAGAGUAUCUUCACUGGGUAUGGAAGCCUAAUGACUGCAUCUUGCCAAGUUUCGAUCCUGAAGAUGCGCUGAGAAAAAUCCAAGGGAAGAGGAUGAUGUUCAUUGGCGAUUCAAUACAAAGAAACCAGUGGGAGUCUUUUGUGUGUUUGGUUAAUUCAGUUAUACCGGAAAACCAGAAGUCCAUGAAGCAAGACUGGUUUCAUCCUGUCUUCCGAAUUAAGAAAUACAAUGCUACAAUCGAAUUUUAUUGGGCGCCGUUCUUAGUUGAGUCCAACACAGAGAUCAAAAUCCUCGCGGAUCCAAGUAAGAGAAUCAUGAAGGUGGAUUCAAUCUCUAGCCGUGGCAAACACUGGGCAGGAGUAGAUAUUCUAGUCUUCAACACUUAUGUCUGGUGGAUGACUGGCCUCAAGGCCAAAGCUCUAUGGGGAUCGUUUGAAAACGGCGAAGACGGCUAUGAAAAGUUUGAUACAGAUGUGGCAUACAGACUAGCAUUGCGUACAUGGGCGAACUGGAUAGAUUCAAACAUCGAUCCAAGCAAAACACGGGUGUUUUUCACCACAAUGUCCCCCUUGCACAUGAGAAGCGCGGAUUGGGGGAGGGAAGAUGGGAUAAUGUGUUUCAAUGAAACAAGGCCAGUGAUGAAGAAGGGACACUGGGGAACAGGAUCAAGCCAGAAGCUGAUGAGAGUGGUGAACAGUGUAACGAAGAGGAUGAAAGUGCCGGUUACGUUCAUCAACAUCACACAACUAUCUGAGUACAGAAUCGACAGUCACCCUUCAAUCUACAAUGAGCUGGACGGGAAGUUAUUGACAGAUGAGCAGAAGGCAGAUCCUUUGCACUUUGCAGAUUGCAUACAUUGGUGCUUGCCUGGUGUCCCAGAUACAUGGAACCAAAUUCUCUGCACUUAUUUGUAGCAACGGCAAAAGCACAACAUCUAUGUACACUUUUCAUUUCUAGGAUUAUGGUAAUUUCUCACAUGGACCCUUUUUUGGCAUGUACACUUCAAUACGUUGUAAAAUCAUUUUCUGACAAAUAUGAAAUUUGUUGAGGAAAUGAAGAUGGAAGGUAGAAGAAGAAACGUACCUGUUCAGUGGUCGUGUUGAUGCUGCUGGCGGACUGGCUGGCGA